CAUUGGUUUGCCGUUGAAGCGGAUCACUCAGCCGGUGGCCACCAAGAUCUCGGGAGAUGGAGUUCCUCAACUCUCCCGAGACCCCGCAGCGACGCAGCUUGAAGCUCCAGCUCUCAGAGUUCGACUUGCCCAAUGCUACCCGGAGCCCUGUGGAACGUCAGAAGCCCUCCAAGGCUGGCGUUGAGUCGCUGAAGCCUCGGCAGCUGUUCCACGGCUCGGAGCUCCUUGAGGACCAGAUCAGUGACUUUGAGGAUGCAUCACCUGAGAAAGCUGGAGCAUUUGGAUCAGGACCUGGGCAUCUUCAAUUUCAGGGUGCGCAUCUUGCUGGGCACCGUUACGGAUGGAUAGACCUUGCACCAUCCGGACACAUCGGCAGCAAUUGGUCCAACCACAGGGAGGACCACGUCCAUGAGAAGCCCACACGGAUCGCUGCACGUCGGAGUCCAGGCAGGCGACCGAACCAGAGAUCCCCGGCACGGUCGACGUUCCCAGGCGAUGUGCGGCAUGGCCGAAACUGGACGCGAAUUGGUAAAUGCCUACUGCCUCAACAUGCAGGGUGCUUCAAGUUCGAGACCUUCAAUGCAGUGCAGGCCGCUUGCUGGAAAGAACUCUACAAUGGGACUGGCAACAUGGUUGUUAGCGCCCCCACUGGUGCUGGAAAGACGGUGCUGUUUGAGCUGGCGAUUCUGGGAAUGCUUCGUGAAAGCUCCAAGGCCAAAGCUUUGUACUUGGCUCCAUUGAAGGCCCUUUGUCAAGAGAAGGCGCGAGAAUGGAAGGACAUGUUCGGAGAGCUUGGCGAGGACGUGGUGGAGUUGACGGGUGAUGAGAUGGUCCUUGGGCGACGAGGUGGUGUGUCGUCUCGCUUGGCUUCAGCAAGAGUCAUUGUUGCAACUCCCGAAAUGUGGGAUGCCCUUAUGCGGCAGGCAGGCAGAUCCUCGCAAGGCUUCAGUGUGAUGGAAGAUUUGCAAGUGGUUUGUUUGGAUGAGGUGCAUAUGUUGAACAUGCCCAAGAGAGGCGCCCUCUUAGAAGCGCUCGUCGCCCGGCUUCGGUCGCUUCGACAAGUUGCUCAGGCUGGAGUCCCUCCCUUGCGCUUCGUGGCAGUUUCCGCCACUGUGCCCAACGUGGAAGAGGUGGGUCGCUGGUUGCAUGUGGAGCCCCACCAGGUGAAGACCUUUGGGCAGGAGUUCCGACCGGUGCCCUUGCACGUGCAGGUGCAGACCUUCAGGAGUGGCAAGAACGAGUUCUUGUUUCAAGAGUCAUUGAAUCAACAUUUGUCCGGCAUCAUCCGUCAGUUCUCAGAGGGCAAGGCGACCUUGGUCUUUUGUGCCACCAAACGUGCCUGUGAAACUGCGGCGAAGUUCCUACAGAAGGAGCAAGGGUCUUGGCAGCCGGAUCCUCAACUACGAGCCUUGCUGCUUGAGAAGGCUGCCUCCUUAUCCGACGCAACCCUUCGCAGUCUUCUUCCACAUGGGUUGGGAUAUCAUCAUGCAGGCCUCCACGCCAGUGACCGGCGCAUUUUGGAAGAGAUGUUCCUACAGUCAGCCAUUCAGGUUCUCUUUUGUACUCAAACCUUGGCAUUGGGUGUGAAUCUGCCAGCGCGUUUGGUGAUUGUGAAAGGGACCACUGCAUACAAAGACGGUUGGCAGGAGUACGAUGAGCUGGAGAUCCUGCAAAUCAUGGGCCGUGCAGGGCGCCCUCAAUUUGAUCGGCAAGGUAUUGCAGUGAUCAUGACGGAGCAUGGCUUGGCUGGCCGAUGGCAACAGAUCAUUAGUGGGCGCCCGUUGGAAAGCAACUUGCCUGGCAGGUUAUCAGAGUCACUCCUUGCAGAGGUGGUUGCUGAAACGACUUCAAGCAUUGCCGGAGUUUGCAUUUGGCUGAAGAGUACCUUCUUGGCGGUGCGAGCUGCUAGCGACCCGGGGCGCUAUGCAUCUUUGUGCCCCAUCGCACAGGGCCCGCAUCCGUUGCUCUCCUUCGAUGGCCCUGAUGUGGAGGGGUUCCUUGAGACUAUCGCUGACAGAGAAGUGCAGAAGAUGAUUCAAGCAGGCCUGGUGACUUGGGAUGGACCUCAUUUGCAGGCCACUCCACUGGGAGAAGUUGCCAGUCGACAUUCUGUGCGCUUCGACACCAUUUCUUGGCUUCAGAAAGCAUGUGCCCCUCGAGACAUGAAGGAGCUCUUGUGGCUCAUGGCUCAAACUGCUGACUUUGAGGAGUUUCGCCCACGGCACGGCGAGCGCACCCAGCUUCGAGAUUGGGCCAAGAGGGAACACGUACGCUGGCCUUUGACUGGCCCUGUAGAUUCUGCUGCCAAGAAGGUCCUGGUCCUGGUGAUGCUGGCGCUGGCUGACUCACCCCGCCCAGAGCUGCCCUGGGACUUGAAACUGCAGCAGAGCCAGGUCCUACGUCGUGCCGAACCUCUCUUGCGAGUGGUUUCAGAGCUGUUCGAAUCACGUCAAGAAGGACAAGCUCUUGUGGCUUGCUUGUCAAUGAGAAACUGCUUGAGGAAACAAAUCUGGGAGACGUCGACCAUGCUUGUGCGGCAGCUUCCAAACAUUGGGGAUGUGGGCGCACAGGCUCUGAAGCAUGCUGGACUUUCCUCGCUCGAAUCCUUCGGUGCUGCCUUUCCCGGAGCCAUCGAAGCUGCCUUGAAGCGCAAAGCAGGGGCAAGUGCGCUCCAAAGCAAGGUCCGCGCGGUUCCAGGCAUCAAAUUGCGCUUGUGCCCUAGAGCCGAUGGCGGCGUGUCCAUACACUUUGACGUUCAAAGACUCGAACAAGGCAAUGGGUCGCAGAUUGGCACUGGCUUUGUCCGCUGUAUUGCCUUUGCCGCUCCAAGUGGGCAGCUGCUACUACACAGACGUUUUCCAGCACAGAAUCCGCAAGAUGGCCUUUUGCUGAAUUUACAAGGUCACAAAGGCCUGGCGGUGCACCUCAUCCACGAAGAUUUGGUCGGCUUUGACGUCAUGGAGAUCCUCGGCGAUGUUCGCAUCUUCGAUGUCCGUCGGGCCCAAGCCAACCCCGCGCCGCCCGUGACCACCGGCGCACGACCGGCCGCGAGCGGCGCGGCGCCCGCGGUGGGCGCCAAAGGAGCUAACACGGCUCGAUCCAAACGCCAGAAGCUGGAAGGUCGACAUGAAGCCACAUUGGCAUUGGCCAGAGCCAAGCAGGGAGCAAUGGUGGUGCAAACAUUGGCUUCCUCCUUCCCGGACUUCUCGAAGGUUCUUCAGUCUCCUCCAAGUGAUGCAGCGCAGGGGAUGCGGAGUGUGAGCACACCAUUGUCGCCAUUCGCAAGUGACAGUUUGGCAUGGACGCAGCAACAGGUGCAGCCGAAGCAGGUGGCCAACGGGACAGGUAUGAUUCGAACAGCGGCCGGAAGAUGGCGGCCAGCGGCCGCUCAUGCAUGGCUUCCGAAUUCAGAAAGUGGACCUGGGUGGACAAAUCAACAAUUGUCGACCAUGGCACAUCAGCAUUCUGGUGCUGUACAGCUUGCACCUUCCCAUGGCGUCGAGGGUUCAAACCAUGGUGAGAGGGGCUUUUGGUACUGAAUGGAAAGUAUGAGUAGAGAAAGACGUUUGGCAGCUGAAUGCUGCAAGUUUCAGUGGGCCUCAAGUGCACUUGAGGAAUCAAAGGGUUACAGAGAGAAAAGGUG